CGGCAAUUGACAGCUGAACUGGGGAAACAAGGCACUGAUUUCAGAAUAUGGAGUCGAGAAACUGUGGAUUCCUACUCAUGGUCGAAUUAUUUUUGGCACUGAUGUUUGGUUUGAAUGGAACAGAUCCUAUUGAAUGUCCACUGAUGAUCCAGCCCCCCAGAGUGGUGGUAAGAUAUGGAGAUCCAGUGUCAGUGAAAUGCACCGUUUCAGGAGAUCAUGAAGGAAGCGGCUGGGAUCCUCCUGAUGGAGUUUUUGAUUUGGAAGCUUCAGGUGAAUUACCUGACACAACAGAUGUCCAAUUUGUCACCUGGAGUUUGGAGAGUCUGACAAACUGGGAGAUUACUGCUAGAUGUUAUGUGAAAUUUCUGGCUGAUGCAGAUCUUCAACAGUGUGACAAAAGGUUCAAUAUUACAGUGUACAAGCCUCCAGACAGUGUCUCCAUCAGUGUUGUGGACCACACAGGCCCAAUGCUGGAGGGGAAACAGUACCAGCUGAGGUGUGAGCUCCAGAACACUGCUCCUGUUCAGUACCUCACUGUGAAGUGGUACAAAGGAGAAACAUUUGAGAAUCAAACCUCCUAUGAUGAUCUCACUAAGACUCCAGUGAAUGUGUCCACUACUCUCCUGAUCACACCCACCUGUGCUGAUGAUGGAGCACAGUACAGCUGUGUGGCAGAGCUGGAACUGGGACCUGAAGGACCACAACCUUCACCUGAAGUGAAAUCUGAUCCCCUCAGCAUCCCUGUACACUGUGAGACUAUUGAUAAACCCAGAUUCACAGAGUGCCCAGACCAUGAGCAGCUGAGGGAAGGUGAAACUCUCGAUACUUUGGUCUCCUGUAGAGCUGAGGGGAACCCCUCUCCCAUGGUCACAUGGUACAGAAACCAAUCAGAGUUCAGCAGUUCUACACCACUGACCAGGAGAGAUGGAGGGCAAUACACCCUCAUAGCCAAGAACAGUUAUGGAACAGCCAAUCACACCCUGGAGAUUGAAGUUCUCUAUAAACCCAGGAUCACACAGUAUGGGAAGCUGAGGGAAGGUGAAACUUUGGCUACUUUGGUCUCCUGUAGAGCUGAGGGGAACCCCUCUCCCAUGGUCACAUGGUACAGGGACCAAUCAGAGUUCAGCAGUUCCACACCACUGACCAGGAGAGAUGGAGGGCAGUACACCCUCAUAGCCAAGAACAGUUAUGGAGCAGCCAAUCACACCCUGCAGAUUGAAGUUCUCUAUCCACCAACGUUUGAGCUGGAGAGGGAGGAGGUGAAUGUAACCCAGGGAGAGGAGGUGAUUCUGGAGUGUCUGGCUGAGGGAAAUCCCACUCCUGAACUCACCUGGAACACGACUGCUGCUGAGAAUCCACAUGUGUCCACCAGAGGGCGACAGAGUAAUGCCACCGUCAGCAUCAGCAGAGCAACAUCAGCCAACGCUGGUGUCUACACCUGCUAUGCAACAAAUAACCUGGGCACAGCCUCCAAGACUGUCACCGUCACUGUGAAGGAAACGGAUGCUACACAAUGGGGCUACAUCUAUGACUUGAUUGUUUUGAUUGGGGCAGCGUUCAUGCUGGGGCUGCUGGUACUCUGGCUUAGAUCACAUAUGAAUCGCCAAGGGCUAUAUAACAUCACAUCAGUACACUCUGCUGGGAGGAGGGAUCAAGCAGACAUACCACUGGAGCCAUGCAAUGUUAAUGGGAGCAGCUCCUGCACCUAGAGCACUGUGGAGCCCCAGACCAGCCAUUGGCACACUGAAUUGAGGGAUAGAGCCAGUAAGUAGAGCACUAUACUGAGGGAAGGAGCCAUUGAUUGGAGCAAUGAACUGAGAGGUAGAGCCAAUGAACUGGGGGGUGGAGGAGCCAAUGGAAUCUUGACUUAUGGAUGGAGCCAGCCAAUGGAGUCCUGGAUAGGCAGAACUCUCUCAGUAGAUUCCAGAGUGUAAACAACUGGUAGAAACUGGUAUGCGGAGUGGACCCAAGACCAGGGGUGGCAGGAGUAGAAACGAAGAUCCUUUUUUUUGACAGGAACUCUAAACCACACGAGGCAUGAAGCAGGCACGGGGCAAAACUAAGUACAAGGCUUAGGACACAGUGAAGAACAAGAGAACACAAGGGCUAUAUACUGCAUACCAGAAACACAAAGGGCAGAGUAACAUAACUAACAAGACACAGGUGAAACCAUGUAAACUAAACUAACAAACAAGUCAACUUAGUGAAACAGUAGGGGACAGUUUCACAGAAACAAAUUAAGCCUACUAAAUUCAAUUUUGAAUGGAGAGUCUCAUCUGUGAAACUGCUUCUCAAUUUAUUACCAGCUGUCUCUCUCUGAACUGACAGUUAUUUGACCUUUCCCAUGCUGAGUGAAACAGGAAGUGACAGAAUGACACAAUAUAGUUACAAAAUGAAGUAAAAUUGUAUUGCCAAUCUCACUUUGUUUGAUUUUAUUUUACUUAGAACUGUGUUAGUUUCAUAAUCUAGUUUGAUAUGUUUGAUAAAACUGUUCUUUCACUCCAAGUUGAACUGCUUUAUGUAGCUCACUGACUUGCUUGCCUUUACCAUUCUUCACAAAAUGUCUGCUUCCAAUGCCAUAACUUCUUUCUCUUCUGGCAGCCAUGUUUUACAUAAUUAAAUGUAACUCGCUCUGUUCAAUAUCCCUGUGUUUUAACUAAGUGAAUACAAUACUUGAUCAAAUUGCUUUAUUAUUUAAAAUAUAAAAUGGCAAUGGCUGGUAGUCAACCCUAUUUUUUUCCCCUUGAUU